AUGGCGGCUAUGGUGAAGUGUGAGUUCCUGUCAAAGUGUGUAGUAGCCCUAGUAAUGGGUGUGGAAAACUUGUCUGGUCAGUAUGUCCGAGCUGUCUAUCCCUUUGACACUAGCCAUCCAAGGGAGAUAAGCCUGUCAAAAGGCGACAUUGUUAAAGUGGUGAGUGUGAUUGACGAUAACUGGUACUGUGGGGAGUUCCGGGGAAGGAAGGGGAACUUUCCCUCCAGCUACGUCGAGACGCUGAGUCUGCCUGCCGUAGAAGAUGGACAGAAAUUGUAUGGGGCUAUAGAAAACUUUCCUGCUCAGCAAGAUGGAGAUUUGGAAUUCAGAAAAGGAGCUGUAAUUCUGGGGACCCAGCAGAUUGAUGCCAACUGGUGGCAGGGACAGAUUGGGUCCCAUGAAGGGAUUUUUCCUGUCACCCAUGUCAUAGAGUUGGAAAUCCCACCCACCCUAAAGGAACGAAGUCGUAGUGUGCGGUCCACUGAGCCCCUGUUUGCUCUAGCUCUGUGUGAUUCUGCUGCUCAGCUUGAUGAGGAGUUGGGAUUUAAGACGGGUGACAUUAUCACAGUUACCGAAAUCUUAGAUGCCGAUUGGUAUUAUGGGGAAUUAGGAGGCAAAAAGGGAAUGUUUCUUUCAUCCUGUGUUGAAUUAAUUCAGGAUACUUCACAUGAUAGUAGCUCAUUGCCAGCAGAGUCAAGUGCAAAGCCCAGUUCCAAAAUUCAGAAAUCAUUUUCACUGGACCAGUCUUACUACUCUAGUGUUUGUGAUCCACAGCCCAAAGAAGUUUCUAGUUACCAAUCAGAUUCCCAUUAUGUUCCUUCUGGCCAAUCACAAUCCCCAGAUCAAAGUGCCAAUUUCACGAGUGAAAAUACCAAAAGUCUAGACUCCUGUGUCAGUCCCUAUGCUAUGACCUUGUACCCUUUUGAAGGUCAGUCUGACAAUGAACUGUCCUUUGAUACCAAUGAGAUAGUGUACCUUAUUCAACACAUAGAUGACCAGUGGACUGAGGGAGAAAUCGAUGGCAGAAUCGGACUCUUCCCUACCUGUUUUGUCUCCAUCAUUGUAGACUGUCCAUAUGCCUUCAACGAAUCUGACCUAGUCAACUCAACAGAGGCUAAUGCUCCAGAAGAGCAUUGUCAGCAGUCAGACAAAGAAGAGGAGAAAAAACAUGAAGAUCUGGAUAUUAACGAGAAUAGAAACUCACCUACUGUCAAUGUGACCUCAGACCUUAAAGAGAAACUUGAUAAUUCCAGUGCAGUUUCAGGAGAGCAUGGGGCAACAAGAGAGGAAGAGGAGUCUGUGUUUGCCCUUGUCUUAUAUUCCUUUACAGCAGAGUCUGAUCAAGACCUCAGUGUGACAGAGGGCGACACAGUUCAGAUUAUAGAGCAUGUUAAUGCUGAAUGGGUGCGCGCCAGGGAUGAAAAUACAGGGAAAUUUGGACUUGUUCCAUCUGCUUUUCUUGACAUCAUUAGUGGUAGUCCCAUUCAGUUAAAAGUGGAGGGUGAUAGAAAUAGUGAGUAUGAAGUGAGCUUGAAUGAUAGUGAACAGACAUACCAACCUCAAGGACAUGGAACAUCUGUUGACAAAAUGAAAGCCAAGAUUAAUGACAGCAGCAAAAAUGGGUCUGAUCAACUAGUUAAGCCUGGAGUUUCAGCAAGUGCAAGUGUUACGGAAUCAAAAAAAGUAGCACAUGAAACAACUAAUCACAAUUUAAAUACAGACAACAAAAAAGAGGCAUAUCCUCCUCACAGCUUUAAUUUUACAUUAGAACAAAGAUCAGUGCUACCUGUUAAACCUCAAUUAAGCCCCAAGCCUAUGAUCAUGCCCAAACCUAGCCUCUCCCCAAAACCUCUCCUUCCAGAUAAAAUGAAAUUGCAACCUGUGAAGGAGGUGUCCGAUAACGAGGCCACAAUGCUCAAAUCCUCUUCAGCACAAGUUCUACACCACAACGAAUCCAACAACACACUACAGAAAUGUUAUUCCAACAGUGAAUUGUCAAGUCCAGCAACUCUCAAAACAGAAAACAGAAGAGCAACAUUUUCAUUCGGUGAUGUAGAUGCAUCAAAAUCUUUGAACGACUUGAUUUCAGGGGAACUGUCCAAAGCUAAAAGUGAUGGGAGACCUAAUGUUACUGAACAGAAAAGGGCAAAUGUUCCAGCCCAGCCAAUUAGACCAGUCCUCCAAAGGGGGCAAAUCAGUAGCCAGUCCUUUGAUAAUUCCUCUGAUGUAAACAAAGCUACUGAUUCAAAAAGACAUUCUGUAAAUUUUCCUUUGCAUAAUCAGACAGCACAGCAAUACACAACAAAUGAUGACUUUAUGGGGAAUUUUUCAACUGGAAACUCCAUCUUCUUUGUGGACCCGGUCCCCUCUGGAAAAAGCCAUCCACCCAUGAGGAAACCCCCACCCAUUCCACAAAGAUCAUUUGAGCAGACCUCAGAAUUUGACCGUAAACCUUCCCUAAGGAAAGCUCCCCCACCCCGUCCCAUGGGUCCCAGACUCGCAUUGGCCCCUCCCACUGAGCCACUGGUACCUGUGAGGGUGACAGAAUCAAAGCAUACUGACCAGGUGCCUAGGGUGAGGCCCUCCAGACCAGCGCCCACGCGUCCUGCCCCUACCUCUCCUGCAGUAACUCGUCCAGUUCCCACUCGACCAGCACCGUCCAGACCCCAGGGGCCACCCGCUAGGGUGGCUCCUCCAGAGGAGCUCAUUACACUGGAUGAUGAAGUGAAAGUUGAAUCUCACUCCCUUGUUGUGGCAGACCUAAGAAAGAAAAUUAAAGACCUUGAAAUGGACAUAGAGAAUUUCGAAAAGUCUCGGUUUGAGCUUGAGAAGAGCCUGGAAGAGGAUGACAAUGAGGAAACUAAAGAGGACAUCCAGUUUUACAAAGAAAACAUUAGCGGCCUCAACACAGAGCUGAGUGCUCUAAAGAAGGAUCUGAUAGAACUGUGUCCUGAAGAGGGAGAUAUGGAGGCUCAGAAAGAGGCUGAGAGGAAGAGGAAAGAGGAGGAAAAAAUUCAACUUGAGGAGGAAAGAAAAAAGAAUGAGGAGAUGAAGGAAAAGCGAAGGGAAAAGCGAGGACGGGUGAUAGAGGAGUUGAUUCAGACAGAGAAGGACUUCCAGCAGAGCUUAGGCCUGUGUAUAGAGACAUUCUUAUCUCCCAAUGCUGAGAGGCAUCCCGAGGUGGAUGUUGGUGUACUGAUGGGGAACAUUGAGGAUGUGGCCGACAUGUCCCAGAGGCUUCUGACUGCCCUGGAGGGUGCGGUGCAGGGCAAAGGGUUCGAGGAGCAGGUCAUAGGUGUCUGCUUUGUGAUUCUGGCAGAGGACAUGAAGACGGCCUUCGCUCCGUACUGUCGUAACCACGACCAGGUCAUCACACUGCUGGAAAAGUAUGAGGAGAGUGAAACAGUAAUGGUGUACAUCAACCGAAUGUUGGAUCGACUGAGACAGAAGACUGUGGUGUUUGAUUUGGGGGCCCUGCUGAUUAAACCUGUACAAAGGAUCCUCAAAUACCCACUCCUGCUCAACGAACUCUUCAAGUCAACAGAGGAUGAUCAUCCAGACAAAAAGGAAAUCCUGAAUGCCAUCAACGCGAUGACUGAGGUGGCAUCAGCCAUCAAUGAGUAUAAACGCAGGAAGGACCUAGUGUUCAAAUACAAGAAAGUGUCCGAUGAAUCCUUCGGGGACAAACUUGCCAAACUCAGCUUCCACACAAUCAAAAAGAAAGGCAGCAGGUUCAAAGGUCGAAUUAGCACUAAUCUUGGAUUGUCACUGAUCAAAGAUGAGAGUUUUGACCGAGAAGAAAACAAGUUUCGACAGCUAGAGAAGAUGGUUAAAGUGUUUGUCAGGAACACUCAGAGCUUCAUGGACCAGUUACAGGAGUCGGUGACCUGCCAUGAGUGUAUGGUAGCCGACCUGGCCGACUUUUACGAUGACAAGCAGAGUAACGCCGAAAUGCAGAAAUAUCAAGAAGCUCAGGAACUUCUGGACAGGAAGCAUUUACCUCUCUUUCAAGAGACGGUGCGAGACAUGGUGACCUCCCCUUUGAACACUCUCCUGGCCCUGUUUGAGGCCCCCGGUAAGGUCAUACAGAAGAGGUUCGACAAGUUACUAGAUUACGACUCCAUGCAGAGGAAGGUCACAGACGGAAGGAUGCCAGAGAAGGCCUUACAGUCUGUGAAGAACGAUUACGAGGGUCUGAAUGCCCAGCUCCUGGACGAGCUUCCCAAGCUGUACAGCUUGUCCCUCCAGCUCCUGCAGGGCUGUAUCGCAGCCUUCGUGCAGGCCCAGCGGGAGUACGUCAACCAGAGAUCCCUGCAGCUCUCCGAUUCUCUGGAUCUCCCUUCUCUGCUGUCUUCCACGGAUAAUCUGAUUGAUGUCUUCAACAUCCGCCACGUGGCUGUCGUGGAUAAAAUGUCCUGGCUCAGCUUCAUUCCCAAGGGAUUCAAUCCCAAAGUGGAUGCUCUGAAACAGCCAGACAAGAAAGGGAAGAGGCCAUCUCUGGCUGAGGAGACAAGUAGCUCUCAGAGUCAAAGUCAGAAAGUCUACCUCCAGCAGAAAUUUACUCCCGACAAACUGUAUAAGGUGACUCAGAGUUACCUAGCAACAGAUCUGAUGGACCUGUCCCUGAAUGCUGGUGACCUUGUGGGGGUCGUACAGGACAAGGACCCCAUGGGCAACAAGGACAGGUGGUUUGUGGACAAUGGAGCUGCAAAAGGAUUUAUUCCAAAUCGUCUUCUCCAAAAGUCUCAGAUUCAGGACACUCCUGCACAUGAAGAAACGAAUCAGAUUUAUCCAAACAUCUCGGUGCCUACUUCACCUAUUUCACCCACAGUGAUCGGUAUGAGACAAAAUGUGCCUUUCGUUGGAAGUCUCGGCUCCCAGGGGUCACCUCCUGGGGGUGAAGGUCAGAGCAGAAGCUCUGUGGAUGGAGGUCAGAGCUCAGGUCCAAGGUCACCUCAGGCUGCUACCCUGGUCAGCCGGCAGAGUUUCAGUAAGGAGUUGGACGACUUUUUAGAUGAAGACAUGACACCUGACUUAUCUUCUACAGAGGACAAUGUUCAGCAUGAAUGUGAGGAGUUUUACUAUGCAGAAUACCCUUUCCAGUCCCGGGCAGGAAAUGAAGUGAGUUUAUUUGAAGGUCAAGUGGUGACAGUUUACGUCAAACACGACCAAGAGGGUAACAAUGAGUGGUGGUACGUGGAUGCUGAUGGGGUCAAAGGUUAUGCUCCAUCUAAUUAUCUUCAUCCAAUGAAAAUGUUUCAUUUGAAAUUUCCUAAAUUCAGAGGAUAUUAUACUUGGGAGGAACUAGGAUGUCUUGCCAGAGCCCUGGGGUAUCCUGUUGACCUAUUUAAGAAAAAUGUCACAGGCUCCGAAGUUGUUGUUGAGGAGCACGGACUCAGCCUCAAAGAGGCCUAUAAGAUGGUGGACCACAGACUUUUGGAGAGGGCCCUCCAUCGCACCUGUAACCUCCACUCGGGGGACUGGAACAUGAAUGUGGUCCGCAAAUGUCUCUACUAUCUCAGCCACUCUGCCAUCACGUUUGAGGAGUUGUACAACAUCAGGGUGGCCUACCAAGCGUUUGAACAGUUUGAUAUGAAGGGUCUGCUGAUUGACCAGGACAUACUACUUAGCAGUAUCAAGAUGUGUGGGCGUUCCAUUGCACCAAUGAAGCUGAUGCACAGGCUGAAACAUAUGAAGGUCCACUUUGAGGACAAAACUCGCAUCCAGCUGUCGGAAUACCUGGAACUAAUUCUAUGGUGUGGAAGUUACAAGGACUACACCCCCGAGGAUGGGACCGCCCCCCAGGGGAAGGAGAAUGAACUCUACAAGCUGGCAGACUUUGAGCAGCUCCUCUCCCACUAUGAUGCCCGUCUUGCCAAGAAACUCAACGAUGAAUACCUCAAAGAGGAGUGGGACUUUGGCCAGGAGAACCUGGGGAGUAAGAAGAUGUUCAAGGACCCCCCAAUCAUCUGUGCUGAGGAGAGGAUGGAAAUGGCUAGAAAGCAAAGGAAGUUAUACAAACAUCUGAAAAAGGAGAUAGUGACCUCUCAGAAAAUGGUUUACCGGGUAAAAGCUGGAUUUGUGAGAGACCGGCCUCUGACUGCUCCGGAUUUGUCAAUGUACCAGAGUAGUCAGAGAGCGGAGGAGAGACCAGAAAUGACGACCAAGUCUGCCUACGAUAGGAUCAACCAUCGGAUCAACAGCGGCCGAUCUAGAUCGGGUCACCAGAGGGAGGAAUCCAGUCCCCUGUGUGAUACCUCAGACCGCCCCCUGUACAUCAAGCCGCCAGAUAAAACGGUCAUGCCCAUUGUAUCUGAGGAAGAAAUCCAAGAAACCCAACUCAAGAAGGACAACCUUGUGUUUGAUAUAGAAACUGUGGAAAAAAGACAUCGCCUUCAAAUGGAACAGACGUUAAAUUAUUACAAACCUGGGUUCACAGAAAAAAUGGCUCUGAGGGAAGAGGAAGAUUCUGGCGCAGUUUUGGAAGAUAAACCUAGCUCUCCUCGAAGGAAGACAACAAGUGAAGAAACCAUCAACCACCUAGCCUACCCAGAGCCCCAGCCAAGUCAGUGUCACUCCAAAGUCUGUGAUGCGAGGUAUCGUGGAUGGCUUGAAGUGCAGACCAAGAAAGGUGAACAUUUUGUCCUGACAUCCCCAACAUUUGAAAAUUCUUACCAAGGUAGACUUCACAAAAAACUACAUUUGAGAGCAAAAUCUCAAGCAAAGAAAGUCACCUCAGAAUUUGCUUAUCGCUACACCAAAUCUAGUGAAUUAAAAAAGAGAAGACAAAUUACAUCCAGUCGACCCAACACAGCGCCCGCUGUCAUGCAGAAUCCAAUGUUACUGGAGGAGGAAGAUGAUGAUGAUGAAGAUGAUGAAAAGGACUUCCAGUACACUGAUUCUUUAACAACCAUUGAUGCAGGAUAUGAGUCUUGUGAGGACAAAAGUAAGCCAAGCUCCAAAACCAGUCUGACUCCUUCACAAGCUUGGAGUUGUGAGGAGGACAGUGUUAUAUCAAAGAGUUCAGGGGAUUCCUAUCCUUCACCUGAAGCCAGAUAUGAUGAAGUGAAUGAGACUUCUAAGAGCUCAGAGGACUGUGAUAUUGUACUGUUAAAACCAUGUGAUAGUAAGGGUCAAAAGUCACCAACUAAAACUAUCCAAGAAUUUCAAGGAAAAUCUGGCAAUACCUCUCAAGAAAGUGGUAAAAUUCUGAUGGUGCCAAAAAAGGAGAAAAUUUCUGUUGAUUCUGCUCCAGUUCCACAAAUGCAGCAUUCAAAGCCCAAAGUCGUUGCUGUGGGGGGAAUUGGAAAGAUUUCUCUCCUUGAGAGCAUUUCUGAACUCCAGCAGUGGGAAGAUGUUGGUGAGGAACAGAAAAACGAGGACUCUGCUCGACCAGAGAGCUUGCCCAAUCCAGUUCUACAUGAGGACCCUGUGCUUAAAAUAAUUGACAUAGGAGAAGAGAAAACUUUAGAAGACAACCUUCAUUUACUUAGUCGAAGGCUGAGUGCAGAUGCUGGAACAAACAAAAAAAAGUGCUCAAAUGCUAGCAUCGAGAUGCCAGCAUUGACAAUUGAAGAAAAGAUUGAGAGAGAAAAGCAAGCCCGGAUUCGGAAACAGAAGAGAUUACAAAGUUCCAGUCUAGUAAAGAUGGGAGUAGCUGUGUUUUCCCCACCGCGAGACAGAAAGCCUUCCAUAAAAUCAACUUCCAUAGUGCAUUCAACAUCCAGACCUUCAGUAUCUCAUCAUCCACACAACAAUAAAACUCAUCCAGAUCCACAUCAGCCAACUGGAAGUCAAUCCACAAGUGAACACAGCAACAUCCAGACUGCAUCCACAAGCCGUACACAAGACACAUUUCCAACCAAAGAGAAAACCCCCAGAUCUCAUUCAGGUGUCAAGAAAACAUUGGACAAAAACACCAAAAAUUCUAGUCUCCAGCAGAGCUGUAUACUGUCCAUCAGGAACAAUGUGACCAGCACUACCGACUUUGAAAAAGAAAACAUCCAAGUUCAAGGUCACCAGACCCACUCCCAACAGAACUCAAGGAAAGGGUUAAAUGACAACAGUAAACUGAACUGUGAUGAUAGGAAGGGGUCCAUUAGAGGCAGUAAACAUGGUAGGGGGAAGUAUGACAGACUCCUCAAGAGAAUGGAGGGCUGUAUAUCAGACGUCUUUGCUACUAAACUAGCAGCUGCACGUCCUAUAGUAAAAUAGCUACUAUCCUGUGAUUAUUUAAGUGCUAAUUUCUGCUAGUACAUGUACUAAUGUGCUGCAAUCAUGAGAUUUCUGUGUAUUAUUAGUAAAUUAAAAUAAGUCAUGAAACUUACUAUUAUAAUAGUACAUCAUUUCUUUGUUAAAUAUAAGUAUAAUUGACCAAAUUCAUGCACUAGUAUAUCUGAUAUUGCAGAGAUAGGACAAUAUGUGGAAAAUAAAAUACAUGUAUGUACACUUUAAAUUGGUCUGUGAUAUGUAAAAGUA